CAACCCCCCCCAUCCCCCCCAAUGGCGGCCUCGGCCCCAGCGGAGAGACCCCGACCCACCGCCGCGGUUGCCAUGUGACGCCGACGCCGCCAUCAUGCCCAGCCCGGUUCGCCGCCCCGUUCCAUCGCCGGCGUUGGCGUCGUUGCCGUCGGAAGGUUCGGCGCUGCAGCGGGCGGCGGCGCAGGGCAAAUUCCGCCUGGCUCGGCUGCUCCUGGAAGGGGGAGCCUACGUCAACGAAGGCGACGGCGCCGGGCAGACGCCGCUGAUGGCCGCGUGCCGCGCCGCCUACGCCGAGCAACCGCGCAUGGUGCGGUACCUUCUGGAGAACGGCGCCGACCCCAACAUCCCCGACAAGGCCGGCAAGACGGCGUUGAUGCACGCCUGCGCCGAGCGCGCCGGCCCGGCCGUGGCCGCCGUCCUCUUGGCCCACGGCGCCGACCCCAGCGCCCGCGACCACGCCGGAGCCUCGGCCUUGGUUUACGCCUUGAACGGCGGCGACCGCGAGACGCUGCGGGUGCUGCUGGACGCCUGCAAGGCGCGCGGCAAGGACGUCAUCAUCAUCACCACCGCCACGUCGCCGUCGGGCACCAAAACCACGCGGCACUACCUCAACUCGCCGCCUUCGCCGGGCGCCGAGGAGAAGCGCUCGCCCAUGUCGCCGUCGGACAUCGAGGUGCGCACGGCGGCGUCGCCGGCCGGUAGCGAGAAAGACGAGGAACGCGAUGUCUUCCGCUUCCCGAUGUCUUCCGCUUCGCGGCGGCGGCCGCUGCAGCGCCUCAACUCCGAGCCGUGGGGGCUGGCGGCGCGCGAGGGGCCGCGGGCGGCGGGCGAGCGGCUGGCGGCGGGCGUGGAGGCGCUGGGAUUGGGCGCUCGCCCGCGACGCCACAGCGUGGAGAGCCGCGAGGCCACCGACGAUGACCGCGUGCCCAACGCUCCGCCGCGACGCCCCGCGGGAGCGCGAUGGGAGCGCGAAGGGAACCCCUGCGCCGUCUCGGCCAAAGCGCCGCCGCAGCGCCGCGGCUCCGGGACGUUCCCGCUGGAGCCCGGCGCGCCGGGGAGGGCCGGAUUCCUGCCCCCGCUGCCGCCCGCGCCGCUGCUGCGACGCCACUCCAUGCAGACCGAGGAGAUGCGGCUCCUCGCACACUUCCAGAGUGUUCCCAGCUCCGAGACGGGAACUUAGGGGGUACUUAGGGGGCUCCACACCGGCCCCAAGGCUGCCAGCCCUCUCCCGGGGCCUUCUGGGGCACACGGUGGUGAUGUUCACUCUGAACCCUACUGAUGACAUUCAUUCUGAAUCCUACUGACUGCAUUCGCUCUGAACCCUACUGAUGGCGUUCACUCUGAACCCUAAUAACGACGUUCACUCUGAACCCUACUGAUGACAUUCACUCUGAACCCUAAUAAUGAUGUUUACUCUGAACCCUACUGAUGCUGUUCACCCUGAACCCUACAGACGACGCUCACUCUGAACCCUAACAACGACAUUGACUCUGAACCCUACUGAUGUUGUUCACUCUGAACCCUAAUAACGAUGUUCACUCUGAACCCUACUGACUGCAUUUGCUCUGAACCCUACUGAUGGUGUUCACUCUGAACCCUAAUAACAACAUUCAUUCUGAACCCUACUGACGAUGUUCACUCUGAAACCAGCAGAUGCCAUUCACUCUGAACCCUACUGAUGCCAUUCACUCUGAACCCUAAUAACAACGUUCAUUCUGAACCCUAAUAACGACGUUCACUCUGAACCCUACUGACUGCAUUCGCUCUGAACCCUACUGAUGGCGUUCACUCUGA